AUGCACUUGCUAGACUACAUCACGGGCCAGCCGCCUUCACACCACCGCAAGAAGCACUACGAGAUCAAGCAGACCCUGGGCGUCGGAGGGUUCGCCGUCGUCAAACAAGCCACCGCGCUCGACACGGGCAGGGAGGUCGCCAUCAAGAUCAUCCCGAAGGAGCGCAUCCGCGACCACGAGCAGCAGGUGUUUCGGCAGAACACGCUCCUCCAGCUCAAGCACCCGCACAUCAUCGAGACGAUCGAGUGGUACGAGAGCUCGAGCAAGUACUACCUCGUGUUCGAGCUCGCGGCGGGAGGCGAGCUGUUCGAGCACCUGAUCGACAGCCCUGGCUUCUCCGAGGCAGAAGCCCGAGAGGUCAUGUACGCGCUCGUUGACGGCGUCACCUACCUCCACUCGAAGAACAUCAUCCACCGCGACCUCAAGCCCGAGAACGUCCUCUACCGCACGCCGCCCGGCUCGCACCCGGACGUCGGCCACGACGACCUCGUCCUGUCCGACUUUGGCCUCGCGGCGUACGUCGAGCGCAACGGCGGCAGGCUGUACACGGUGGCGGGCAGUGCGGGCUAUUCGGCGCCCGAGAUGUACCCGGAGGAGGGCGUCGUCAACGGCCAAGGGCGAGGGAGAGGGUACGGCCUCAAGGCGGACGUGUGGAGCCUCGGCGUCAUCGCUUUCUGCUGUCUAGGCGGCCGCUUCCCGUACAAGAAAACCGACCCAGAAGAACUCGCUCACGAGGCGCGCACGACCGAGCUGUACUUUCCUCGGACGUGGGACGACGUGUCGGACGAGGCCAAGGACUUUAUCCGGCAGCUGUUGACGGUCGACGAGGACGAGCGACCGAGUGCGGCCGAGGCGCUCAACCACCCUUGGCUCCGCACGGCCGUCUCCCGCCCUCCCUCGCCCGCCGCCGCCUCGCCACGCCGCAUGACCUCGGCGACGCUCGAGCCGCCACCCGGGCACGCCGAGGACGAGCACCAGCUCGGGCCGACCCUGUCCAAGACCGAGACCAUCACCGACCACGCGCCCAUCAUCGAGAAGCGCAGCACGUACUCGGGCGAGGGCGCGCCGAGGAUCGUGUGCUGA